AAACCAAUUUCAGAUAAACAUGAGUAAAGAAUGUUUUUUACGAAGUUUAGACGGAUCUCAUCCCGACCUCCUCCUGGAGGACGGAGUUCAGCUUGAGGUUGGCCGAGGUCCUAAAACCAAGAUAAAAGAUUCUCGGUGUAGUCGAGUCCAAGUAGUUCUUAUAGCUGAUUAUGUAUCUAGUAGUGUUUUGUGUACUCAACAUGGUGGUAAUCCGUCCUGUGCUCAGGGCACUCUUCUUAAACCUGGUUCUAAAUAUACUUUGCAUCACAAGGAUUUAUUAGAACUUCGCCAGGGUCAAUUUAAAUAUAGUAUUGUUUUCAACCCUCCCCCAGCCCCUGGAGAAUCUGAGACUGUUUCUAAACCAGGAAAAAGAAAUUUAUCCGAGGAUUCAUCUCUAGGUUCUCAAAGUGAAUCCAAGAAACCAAAGACGAUUGUCAGCUCCGGAUCAAGUCCUUCCUGGUUCAGUCCUGAGCGGGGAUAUGUCUUUUCGUCAAAGAACGGAUUUGAAUGGAUGAAAGUAUACAACGGGAAGAUGAUAUCUAUGAGAACUACGGAGUGUAAGGAUCAGGAGAAGAUUGCUGCAUUUGAUCUUGAUGGAACUAUUAUCACAACACAGUCAGGAAAGGUUUUCGCGACCGACAAGAAUGACUGGAAGAUAUUAUACCCUGAGAUACCGGGGAAACUAAAAUCUCUUUAUAAAGAGAAUUAUAAAAUUGUAUUUAUCACGAACCAGGCCGGAAUAUCCAGGGGAAAGCUUAAGGAAGAGGAUUUCCAGGAGAAGGUCGAACGGAUACAAUCCAAGCUAGGAGUUCCGCUCCAGGUCAUCUGUUCAACCGCAGGAGGAGGAUUUUUCCGUAAACCUCGACCCGGAACCUGGUUCUGGCUGGAGCAGGUUGGGAACAACAAGGUGGAGGUGAACAGGGAGGAAUCCUUCUAUUGCGGGGAUGCUGCAGGACGUGAGCAGAACUGGAGCGGAAAAAGGAAGAAAGAUUUCUCCUGCUCGGAUCGCCUUUUUGCUCUGAAUCUUGGUUUGAAGUUCUACACCCCGGAGGAAUAUUUCCAGGGCCAAGCUCCGACAAAGAAGUUUGCUUUGCCAGGGUUCGAUCCAAGGACUCAAACCGUAACUUCUCUCCUGGAACCUGAAACUGAAGAGCUUGUUAGCAAAUCCCAGGAAUUGAUUUUGAUGGUUGGAAUCCAGGGUUCGGGAAAAUCUCACGUAAGCAAUCUACUGGAGUCCAAGGGAUAUUUAGUAGCUAGUAAUGACAGGUCUGGAGGUAAAGAGAAGACUCUACGAAUAGUACGGGAUGGUCUUAACCACGGCAAACGGAUAGUUGUAGAUAACACUCAUAGGGAUAAAGAGUCAAGAAAAGACUACAUCAAUCUUGCUCGCAAUGCUCGCGUUCCGAUCAGAUGUUUUGUCAUGAAAACUAAUCACGAUCAGGCCAGGCACAAUAAUGCGUACAGAGAGUUGGUGGACUCUGAGCACACCAAGAUCAACGAGAUGUUGUUCAACAGCUACAGGAGUAAAUACGAAGAACCGUCCCUCUCUGAAGGUAUUACAGGGAUUGUUGGAGUCAACUUCGUUCCAUCUUUUCCUACAGAGGACUGUCGAACUCUCUAUAAUAUGUUCCUUUUGGAGAAAUAAUAUUUAAAACACA